GACGACUGCGGUCUCUGCAGCCAAUCACGACGUCCGCUUGUACCUGACGCACCCUGUAAAGGGGGCGUGGCCCAGCGCCGAGGGCUCGCUGGUAUAAAAAGAUCGAGCGCCUCACAGGCGCGCAGAAGACGGUUGGUUGCGUCGGCGAGAAGAAGAGAAAGAGCGCGCGCGGGGAAGGUGAGCGACUACUAAGCGCUUUUUAUUUAAAAAAAAAAAAUUAUGGGGGUGUUUUCGGGCGAAGGACUUUCGUUAAACCCCAGAUUUUAAUAUCAAUAACUCCCGUGGGUUUUAUUAGCUUGGAGGACUCGCUGAGCAUGAUGGGAGUCGUAGUCCUAGAGCCGCAGGAGUGUGUGGGGGUGGGGGGUAGCUGUCGUGUGACCGUGCGGUGUCUGCUUUCUCCCCACGUGACGGACCGUUGGUGCUGGUUUGACGGUUGGGGGUUCGGGGCUUUCCAGUACCCUGUGAGUGUGUGUCUGUGUUUAGGUGACUCGCGAUUGGCUGGAUCCGACCACGUGGCCAUUUGAAUUCUCCUCCUGGUGCUUACGUUGGUGAUUACGUCACCCUGCUGGGGAGGAGAGGUAUCAGCCUGUGGUGCUGGGUUAUAGUGUGUGUCUUGUCAUUGUAUUGUCACCGGUGUAAAGUGAGGACAGAGGCCAUUUUGGUGGAGACAAGGCACCAAUUACAUGAUCCCUGUGAAAAUGGCUUCCUUGGUGGCCAGCUGGAGCCUGUGAGAUGUACCCAUUGAGUAGUGUUGAGAGAUUUAUUUUAUAUAUCUAUAUCUCUUUUUUUACUAUUUCUUAGUCUUAAAGGGACACUAUAGUCACCAGAACAAUUACAGCUUAAUGUAGUGGUUAUGGUGGCUGUAGCAUGUUCCUGCAGACUUGGCAUUGUAAACACUGCCUCUUCAGUAAAAAAAGGCUUUGUUUACAUUGCUGACUAGUUAAACAUCUAGCGGCAGGCACUCAGACUGGCACUAGAAGUGCUCUCUCUCUCCAGUCUGCAGCACUUGGGUUCAACAGCUGUGUCCUACUGAUUGGCUCAGCACAGUGUUUAGUUGUGCAUGCGCAAUAGUAUCCCAUUGCGUUACUGUGUUAAAAGCGGUUGAUGGGCUGAGAUAAACAUUGAUCUCUGCCACAGUGGCGGGGCCAGGCAUGGUGAGACCAGCAUGGGAAUGAACGUGCAUGAAAUCACAUUUAAUCUCAGGAGAGAGGAGGGGCUAAAAUGCAUUCAAGCACUGUAGUGUCAGGAAUAAAUAUUUUGUGUUCCUUUAAACUACACAGGUUUGGUUUAAUCCUGAAUAUGAAGAUUUCUGAAAAUGGAAGCUCUUAAAAGGGACACUAGUCACCCAGACCAUUUCAUAUCAAUUGAGUGGCCUAGAUGCAGUGACCUUGUUAUGGAAAACAUUGAAAUUUGUUUCAGAAACUGCAAUAUCAACAUUGCAGGGUUAGUCUACGACUAGUCGCUGUCAGUAUGACCACUACUGGAGUUCUGCACUGACGAGAGUUUUUCACGUGAAGCGAAAGCCCCUAUAGGAUGGCAUUAAUUCCAUGCUUUGUUAUGGGGAAGCUUGAAUGUGUGUUGUGCAUGCACAGUAGGCCCCCAACCCCCUUCAAUAAAGAGCAUGCAAUUGAACCAUCACAUGCCUUACCAUCUAAAUGAUGAUGAAGCAUGGAGACCUGUGUGCCGCCUGAUGUAUGGCAAAUAAAACUUUUUUCUUUUAAACAGCUGAAGGUUUGUGGUUUUUUUUUUUUCUGACUUCAACUUGCCUGUGGGAAAUCACUGUUUUCAAUAAAGCAAUCUUCCUAUGGAAGCAUUUGAUUUUUGCCAGCUUCAUCCUUAUUUGCCUAUGCAGUUUAGGGAAGGUUUACAUUGAUAGUUAGUCUGAUGCAUUCUAUCCAUUUGCCAGUGAUCAGCUGAGAGCGACUGGAGCUCUGUAAGUCUCUCUAACCUAACGUAAGACUGUCCAUAGACUUCUGUCACUAUAACAUAAAUAAAUGUCAAUGGUUACACAAGUAUCAUAACCACUACCCAGGCACGGUUUUCCAGUAAUAGGGCAAACUGUUUUUUAAACGGUUUGCCAUUUUACCUAGGUUCCUGCCAGGCGCUAAGGGUCCUCAAUGGCAAGUGACCUCUAUUAAUACAAUUCUGUGCAUAUUCAUAUGCACAUAAUCAAUAUUGACCAGACUGGAACUUGUCAAGCUCUGUAUGUGCAGUAUUGUGCUAUACAUUGUUGCAUCUGCAGACUAAAGGCACUGAAGUGGUCAUGUUGCUUGGAGAAAUCUUUUGUGAGUGUUCCUUUAAAAGGUUACCCAGUCCUUAAUUCUGUUGGUGACACACGCAGUAGGAAUCUAACAUUCAGUCUCAUAGUAUGUGUAACUGCAUCUAACAAAAUUGCCGCAUUCAGAUUGUAACUUUGUUUUUUUUUGUUUGUUUUUUUUAAAGCAAUAAAAGACCAUGGCACGUACAAAGCAAACUGCCCGUAAAUCCACAGGAGGGAAGGCUCCUCGUAAACAACUUGCCACCAAGGCAGCCAGGAAGAGUGCACCUUCCACAGGGGGAGUGAAGAAACCACAUCGCUACAGGUAAAUUCUGAAUUUGGAACUCAAAGCACCAUAACCAUUUUAGUGGUGCAGGUGCUCAAACAAUUGCCAGUUUGUUUGAUAAGAUUGUGUUCUUGCUCAAAGCCCCCUGACUGGGUACUAUAAAAUCUUACUUUUUAUUUAUGUGUAUGGGGGAAAAACAGUAAAGUAAAAACCUGCAGUAGUUAUGAUGUUUAAAGUAUCUUUGAGAAUAUUGACAAAACUUAACACUACUCUGUCCUCUAGGCCUGGAACUGUUGCCCUCCGUGAGAUCCGUCGUUACCAGAAAUCUACUGAACUUCUGAUUCGGAAGCUGCCAUUCCAGCGUCUGGUUAGAGAAAUUGCGCAGGAUUUUAAAACUGACCUGCGUUUCCAGAGUGCUGCCAUUGGUGCGCUGCAGGUAUGAAUUUGUUUAUCAAUGCUUCAAGUAACUACUUUCACACUUCUACCACUUGGUAGUUUUCGUUGCUACCAGGUUAACUGCAGACUUAAUGGCACACUGCAGGCUGAUGUUAAAGGAACCUUAAUUAGGCAUAGGCAACCUUUGGCACUCCAUAUGUUUUGCCUGCAUUAUGUGGGAUGUCUUCUACAUCAUCUGGAGUGCCGAAGGUUGCAUAUAUAGUCUUCCUAAGACUUAACUGCUUAGAUGCUCAGCCCCUAUUAAACUUCGCUUUUCUCCUGAUCUGCCUCUAUGGCGGAGAUCAAUCUUAUCUCUGCCAAUCAAAUGGUUACCAUAUUGGGAGGCUAUUGUGAAAGUGUGGUAAAACGCCAUGCCGGUCAGUCUCAUUGAAUCAAUCUGACUCUAGGGGAAAUUUCCAUGCAAAGCAUGGAGACUCUGAAUGCCAGUGUUGCACACUGCAGGAUGUACAUCUACUAGCUGUCUGAGUGACCGCCAGUAGGGGUGUUACCAAGCAUCUAUGUAUACCGCAUUUACAAUGAAAAGCGUGCAUGCACACGUUAUUGCAUUGAGCUGUAGUAAUUCUGGUGAUUCGUCUAUUUUAAGGACUCUCCAUGUUAAUGCAUUGUGGGGCUGCUACAAUGAAGGGGCAUUCUAAGCAAACUACUACAGUUUGGCUAAGCGUGUUGGGCUGACAAAUUAUUGCUGGAUAUAUAAACUUUUUUGCAUUGACUUAUCUGGCACCUUUAAAGGACCACUAUAGGCACCCAGACCACUACCACUCAAUGACUUGGUCUGGGUGUCAGGUGCCUCUAGGAUUUUUGAGGGGUGUGUGUGUGGAGCCUCUAGGGUUAACCCUGCCUGCUGUAAACAUGGCAGUUUCUAUGAGUUAAUCCAGCCUCUAGUGGCGGUCUCAUUGACAACCGCUAGAGGCGCUUCUCACAGACUUUCAGUUAAGACGCCAGCGUCCAUAGGAAAGCACUGAGAAUCCUUUCCUAUGGGCUGACGGAAUGCCCGCGUCUCUUGCCGUGCAUUCAGCCGAUGACUGCCAAAGGAGGAGAGUCCCCGGCCCUGGAGAAAGGAAAGUGUUUAACUCCUUCGAACUUCAACCUGGCGGUGAGGGGGGGGGGACCAUGAGGGUGGGGGCAUCCUCAGGGCACUAUAGUGGUCCUUUAAUCCAUGAAACAGGCUCACAUAAAAUAUGAAGACUCCACUAGGACUCUCUAGGCAACAUAAUAUUACAGCGAGCUGCCGUGUUUAAUGUUGAGCAUGUCCCACUAAAGAAUCUAACUUUACCUAUGUUACAAAUGAGUGUACUGCAUGCAUGGUGAAAUGGCCAUCUUGGCAGCUCAUCUUGUGGAUAUAUGACUUCAUGUUCCAUGAAUUGGCAUCGGUAUACAGUUAUUACACAUUCUGAAAUAGGCAGGGUUUAUGGGAUAUGUAUAGUCAGUCUUUACUUUUGGAACCAAGCAGGUGACAUUUAGGUGAUGGUCUCUGCUUGUUGCUUGCUACUGAGGGCAAGAGAUUAAAUUUACAAGUAAUAGGUGAUCUCUCAGAUCUAUGUUAAUGUCUGAUCUAAAGAUGUGAUGUGUGUUUAACGCAGUCUUUCUUUCCCUCUUUGCAGGAAGCCAGUGAGGCAUACUUGGUGGGCUUAUUUGAAGACACUAACCUGUGUGCCAUUCAUGCCAAGAGAGUUACAAUUAUGCCCAAGGACAUUCAGCUUGCCCGUAGAAUACGUGGUGAGAGGGCAUAAAGAAUGGGAUUGAUUUUUAGUAAACUCUCUAACUUGGUUUUAGAUUGUGUUGUGUUCCUUUUUUCUUUUUAUUGGUUUUUGUUCUGAUCAGUUUCCUUUCUUCAAAUCAUUCCAUCUAUCACUCAGGGUGAAUGCUUAACUUCACAUGCCCCUUCUGGUCUUUGUUGGAGAUGGCAGCUGGUGCUUUGUAUGUCAUUGAUCUGCUCACAUACACAGUAGUGAAUUCUAGCUGUACAUUGACUAGAGAAGCCAAAUCUGUUCUAAGACUUGAACAUCAAGCAAUUCACAUACUAUAGCAAGACUUUGAUUAGAAUGCCAAGUGCAGGAAACGCAAUCAUUUGUAUAGGUGUUUCUAACAUUGUGUUUUUGAAUUUCUGGUUUGAAAGUUAAUGUAACAUCACUCGUUUGGCAUUUUUAAAGGCUACAUUCAACUAGUUAGGAGAAAUGCUUGUAAUAGAGUUGAGGCCAACUUAUGCAUACUCUUGUUUAAACUUAUCAAAUCAUUGGAAAUCCAAGGUGCUUAACCGAUCAAUGUGUUAAACAGGCAGCUAUACAACAUAAUGUGCAUUUACAAGAGCAAUUUUAUAUAUUGUGUUUAAAUUAAACAGUUUUACAUUCAUGUCUCUUGCCUUUAAUUAAUCUCAAAUACAUAGAGG